CACACAGCUGCCUGGUAGGUGACUGGAGCUGUUUACCAGUGCUUGCCUGAUUUUGCUGAUGUGACCCCAACCCCGCCUCCCUCCCCACCCCGCGAUAUCAACGUCCACAAAGUCUCGAGAUAGCCAAUUGGCAGAGCCAAAAAAAAAGUUAAAAGAAUAUCAGAUGAGGAAGAGAUCUGGUGUUGACGAAGGAGCGAAAAGAAAAUUGAACAAAAAGGCCAGUAGCCCUGAGUCAGCCGCCUAUGGUGGUUGCCAGUCACCUGGGGAUUCAGAAAUGGGUAUGCACACAGAGGGCCCUGUGUCAUGUACUGCUGCGAAAGAUAUGGAGUUCUCCUCCAACUCCUCAUCUCUGCAUGCACCUCGGAGGCACUACCAAGAAACAGCAGUAACCCUGGACUUUAGCUCCAGAACAAUCUGUCAACUGAAUGACACCAUUCAGUUAUUGAAACAACAGAAGGAAGGCCUGGAACAACAGCUGAGAGAAGAAAAGAAAAUGCAAAGGGAGCAGUUAGAGGGUCACAUCCAGACAAUCAACAUCCUCACGUCUGAGAAUGGGCGGUUGAAAACUGCCCUAUACCACAUGGGCCGUGCCGCCAGGCACUUUGAAGAAGAGUCGAGUAAAUUGGCCGGCUGCCUGCAGAAGGCCUUGCAGCAGAGAGAGGAGUUGGAGCGAACUCUCUCUGCUGUCUCCUCCCAGCAGGACAAGGCGGACAGGUCCUCACCCCACUGUGAAGCAGUCCUCGAACGGCAGUUACAGCACUCCAGAAAGGAGCUGGCACUGCUAAAAGCACACAUGACACAGAUGACGGCAUCACUUCACCAGGUGCAGCUCGAGAGAGAUGAGUGUUGUCAACAUCUUAAAGGAGAGAGGUUCCGGUGGCAGCAGGGGAUGCGGAAAAUAUCACAGGAGGUUCUCACACUGAAGCUUGAGAAGAGGCAGGAUGCACAUCACAUGCAGGAGCUGGAAAGGAGCCUUGCCCACCUCAGGAACCAGCUGGCUGAAGCCCCAGGUACAGAGCCCCCAGUAGGGCCCUUGGUGGCAGAACAACAGCUAAAAUUUGAGACCAACCUUCUGAGGAAAAAUCUGGAGAGUUUGACAGAGCAGCUGCAAGCUCAGGUGAAAAACAAUGAGAACUUGAAUCGCCUGAGCUCUGAGCAGAAAAAAAGGCUGCGGCAGCAGGAGGAGUCUUUGCAAGAGCAGAAAGAGAGGAUGCGGCUGCAGGAGGAGGAGCUGAACAAUGAGAAAAAGAACACACUGCAGUUGGUACAGCAAAUAAAGGAGCUGCAGGAGAAGCUGCACAACCAGAAGAUGACGGAGCACCUGGAAGCUGCCACCCAGGAGAACCAGCAGCCACAGGACCAGCUGGGCCUCACGACUCUUCCUGGGGAAGGAGAUGGAGGAGGACAUCUGGACAGUGAGGAGGAGGAGGAGCCUCGGCCCAGCAUUGCAGAGGCCCUGGAGAGCCGAGAGGCCAUGGUUGCAUUUUUCAACUCGGCUGGGGCCAGUGCCCAGGAGGAGCAGGAACAACUGUGUAUGCAGCCUCAGGAACGAAGGGUGUGCUACCAGCACCUGGCUCACCCGGUGGCCUCGGUGCAGGAGCCAGCGGCGGUGGCCCCAGCCCCAGCCCAGGCCUCAGGGACUGAGAGUCAGUCUGUGUGUGUGGAGACCAAUCAGGAGGCACUGCAGGGAGCCAUAGAGAAGCUGCAGAGCGGCUUUAUGACCCUCCGAAAGGAGGAGGUGGACCUGAAGGAGCGGGUAGAGAAACUAGAGCUUCUAUUCAUCAGGCUCUCUGAAGAGACAGACACGAUGAGAAAGGACAUCAAAUCAUAUGAGCAGCAGAAGGCAGUCCCAAAACCCUGGCACCAGGAGGAGGUGGAAAAGCGGGAGAUAAAGCUGGAGCAGCAGGAGCCGGUGUUUCCAAUUCUGGGUGACAACGAGGGCCAUGCCACAUUCCUGGCCACGGCCAAGAAUCACGUUGAUGAGCCCGCUCCGGGGACCCCAGCCCCCCAGGAGCUUGAGACUGUCAACAAGCAGGGCGAUCUUUGUGAGGUGAGUCUGGCAGACAGCAUGGAGCCUGCAAGAGAUGCCAGGGAGGGUUCUCCCCAGGGCAACCCCACUGUAGGAAACAUCGAGCAGCCGGUUUGUGAAAGGAAGACUUUCCAGGAGCACCCAGGCUUGGGCAGCAACCCCUACGUGCCAUUCUUUUACCAGGCUGCCAAGAACAGGGAGAUCAGCAUCACCAUCUUCUAAGAGCUGGGCAAGAAUUUUUUUUUUUUUUUUUUAACUAGGCAAAGAAAGUUAUUAACCUUGGUUUCAAACUUGAUUCCCAGUUUUCUUCGGCUUAAUUAGCUGCAAACAAUGAAUUGUGUAUAAGCAAAAAACUGAAAAGAGCUGCAGUGUCCAAGGGGCUUGGACUUAAAAAUAUUAGAGAUCUAGAUUUUAUCAGAUCCAUAAACAAAAAAUUCUUAAAAAGCAGUCAUAAUAUAAAAUAGCAGCUCCCAGUAACUUCUUCAAGAAAUGUAAAAACCAAAACAAAGUUAUGGGGUUAAUCUACACAAUUCAUUAACUUUAUUUGGCCGUUAGAGCCACUCAUGCUUAUUUGUGUUUCUCAUUUAUAAACUUAUUUGUAAAAAGUUAAGGUAGAGUGGGUCUCUGUGUGGCUUUCUCUGAUAUUCACUCUGGCAUCCUUUAGCGUUUUUCUGGCUUGGUAAGUGGAGGUCAAUAGCAGACAUAUCGAGUUCGGCCUUACGUGGUGGGAGUUCAAACACACAAAGACCCACUCUUUGCACCAAACUCUUUUUGCUGGUUUGGAAUAGGAUGCCAUGCUUUUUCAAUGUUACUGCGGCAUGUAUACUUACUACGGAAUUCAGAUACAAUUUAUGUUCUGCUGUCAUAGUUGAUCGCAUCCUAAUCACAGUGAGCUCUUAGUCAGCUCAAUAUGUGGUUUGCCCUCAAGUGUGCAGUUUGUUACUUUGUAAGAUGCCACUAUGAGUGCUGACAUUUAGAGUUGCUGAAAGGCCGAGAACUGGAAACAGCCUUUCCCCUGUUUUCAGUGUCUUUGGGAUGGGAGUAAUAACAUUUUGCGGAGCUUUUUAAAUCUCACAGAAGAAAGUGGCUGCUCUGGCAGGUAUGUGUAGAAUAACAGAGUAAGCGUUAUUGGUUCCCAAGCCAAGAAUGAGCACUGUACUAUGGUAGUUCCCUUAGGAUUUUUCUGUGCUCUGGGCUCAUGAAGAUAUUGCAUCAGGAGCUGCAGCAGCUGUACUCAUUUUCAAUGACCUAAAAAGGGAUGAUUUCUGAGGAAUCAAAGGCUCCUAUCGUUGACUGUAGAUGUGAAAAACCUUUCCUAGAGUAUUUAUAUCUAUAAUACAUUUUAAAGUCAGAGUUCAUGUUACCCGUUUUAACCACAUAACCACAUGUCCCAGUACACAAAAGGGCUCUGGUUUGCAUUCUUAAUGUACUUAAUAAAGAUCAUAAAUCCUUUAAGAGAUGGGGAUGGUCUAGUAAGUAGUGAUCUUCCGUACCUUCCCCAGGGAGAGUUACUAGACCAUCUAGUAACUUUAAGAGUUUAAAUGUCCCUGAAACAGGCAUGCAAGUUUUUGUCAAGAAUGAAUUAGAGUAAAGGAAAGCUGAGUGACAUCUGGCAUUCCUCUGUGUUCAUGAAGCUUCUUUGAGGCUAGAAGAUUGAUUUGACCAUCCAGACUUCUCUGGCUAAUACCUAUUCUUCAAGUAACCACAUUGGUUACUCUGACACAGGAAUUGACUUCUUUUUCGUGAAUAAAAAACACUUCAAAAAGAAUCACAGACAUUAUUAUAAACUAAUAUACGUGAGAUUACUUGGUUGAAACAAAAAGGAGUUUCAGAAGACAGUAUACUAUAUUUGAACGUCAAGGAGAAGUUUAUGGACUUAAAAUGUUUGCAAUCUACUGUUUGUGAACGUCAGACUCUUAUCAGGAAAAGUGUCUAUGCAACCACAGAGUUCUGUCUCCUCACCAAAUUCUUUACAAAGAGUGAAGUAUGUUUUUAUAUCUCUUGGUUUCAGUUAGAGGCACAUUUUGUGCAAUAUUUAUGGUAAUGUGCCUAUACCUCAUGAAUUAUUUCAGUCAUACAUGGCCUAACUCAUAACUUUAUGAUGCUUGAGAAAUAAUCAACAGUGAAAACUUCAUGAAAUUCUAAUGUCUUUGUUCCAGAAUAAGUCCCACAAUUAGAAUGGAGGGAGAUAUGUAUGUGUGCUCCCUGGGUGGGGAUUUCUAGUUACUAGGCCAUCUCCAUUUUUAGCAUUUGGCCUCCUCAUGAUACUUUUAUAAAUAUGACAUUAAUAACAGAGCAAUAAUAUGAUUGUACAGAUGGAAUAACAGAUUUCCCUGCAUUCACUGAAAGAGUGCAAAUAUUGGGUCCUGGUGACGUCAACUGACUCUUCCAAAUUGUAUGAAUUUAACCAUGUAUCAGAGAAACACAAUUUCAGAAUUAUCAAGAAAAAAUGUUAGACCAAAUAAUGUGGCUAAUGAACAGCGGUACAGCUUCUAGCCUGAGGUUUAAAAUGGACUUAAAAGUACUGUCUUUAAACUGAACUUGAAGAAUGCAAAAGCGUCAAGUUCAGGAAAAAAAGGGCAAGAACAGAACUUUACGUCCAUUUUGAAAUCUCGGGCCAGAAAUCAUACCACUCUUAAUUAGCCAUAUUAUUUGGUGGGGGCCAGGGACCUGCCUUCAGUCACAGACUAGCAGCUCUGAUGGCACCUGGGAGGGAGGGAAGGAAGCCGUGUGUCCUGCCUGGCCUGUGAGGUGUGUUGUGGGAUGACUGUGUGUAUAGCACUCUCCAGCUUUUACCCGAGAUCACCACUGGAUUAUUACCAGCAGAUAGAGGAGAUGGGACCCUGACUAUCACCUGUUCUGCAGUGGAUCUGGCUCUCGGCACUCCUAGGCUGGGAGCUGGAUGCCCUGCACUGGCAGCAUGACUCAAUGCACAACAGGCAUCCAGAGGCCCAGCAUGACGUUCCUAGGCCUCUGGCCCCCUUAGAGUCCAGCCCCCUCCAAGCUCCCAGCCCCAACACCAUAAACCAUGAGCUCUCUGCCCACUGUGAUGGCCAAGGAGAGCACCCACAUCUGCCAGCUUGAGCAUGUAGCCUGUUCCAAGAGCCCCAGGCUCAGCCACGGAGGCCUUGGGCAGUGGCACUGAGUCCCGAGGCUCACAAAGAAGGGAGGUGAGAGAGACAGUGGCAUGAGGACAGAAAAAGGAAGAAGCCUGCAGCUCCAGAAGGCAGGGGCGGGGAGCCUGGCUCUUAGGUCUCAGGUUUGCCCCCUGUGUGGAGCUGGUGCAGUGGGGCAGGCACACCAUUCAUACAGCAGGCGGUGAAGCUUGUGCCUACCAUGGCUGACGCUCCUCAGAGGUCACUGAUAGUGACGACAGCAUGAAAAGACAGCAUGAAACCAACAUGGCAGCUCCCACGCAUGGGUGGGGCAGGCCUGGAGGGUACACAUGCAAACAUCCAGGUGUGCACACAUGCACUGUGAGGCCCCAUGGCCCGCAUGCACACACUAACACACAUGCCCACAAACACCACAAACAACACACCUCCUUCCCCUCCACCUCCCAAUGCCCAGCACCCUCACUGGCCAGCACAUGCAACACAGGUCUGGGGCGUGCAGCUACUCGGCAUGCUGAAGCACACGCGUGGGCAGAGUUACAAUACAGAAGCACACCUGCACACAGAGGCAUUUGCACCAGCUGACUGCCCAUGUGUGCCUGGCAUGCUCAAAGGACCACCCAUGCUGCUCAUGGAGAC